UAUGCAUAGUAACAAAAGUUUGAAGCAGACGUCUAGCUUUUUUUAGCAAAGAGUUUAGUUAGUUGCAAUAAAACAAUUAUUAAAUUUGGUGCUUUUGGGACCAAAGCUCAUAGUGAUAUUUUUUUCUAUACAUUUGGUUGUUGCUCGUUUUCAGACGGAUGUAAGGUUGUUUGGUGUUUUCGGAAAUCGGUGCCAUAAUGAUUUUAUUAAGGAUUGUGGUGCUCUUGAUACCGAUGUCUGCAGGAUUUGCCGAAGAGCUCGAUCCGUGUAGCAACACUCCGUAUGACUCCAGUGUAAUGUGCAUUCCUUUACAGAAUUGCAGCUACAUUAUUAAUAACUUGAAUUUGAAAAAGAGUACUCAAUCCAAAAUAAUUUACCUAAGUGAAAAUACUUGCUGCUAUCAUCCAAGUUUGGGCACAUUUGUUUCCUGCCCAACCAUUGACAGCGACCAUCCGUGUGAUGCGGAAAUUAUGGUUGAUAAAAUCUUCGGAGGUGAAUCGGCUGACAUCAGACAAUUUCCUUGGGUAGUUUUAAUCUUGCAUUCAAGCUACGAGAGUCCGAUAUGCGGUGGAUCCCUCAUAAACUCUAAUCACAUUUUGUCGGCUGCUCAUUGUUUCGACCCACCAGAUCCUGAGCAGUAGUUCCGAUUGCCACGUGUGAUUUCACGACCAAUUAUCUCCAAGCAUGCAAGAUGGCGCAAAUUCCAAACGGUAGACUGGAACAGCGAUGGCGACCCGCUUAGCCACUCGGCGAUCAACCAACGCCCUGGAAUUUGGCGCCGUAUUCCUCCUUUGUUCCCGAACAAUUGAACUCGGACCAAUCCGAAAAACGGGGUUAACUGGAACAUGACACGAUCCGGUUCGAAGGACCAACUUUAUGUUCGCGCACAUAAGGGCGAUUCCGGGUUUGGUCGCGUUCCGAACUUUAAUUUUCUGCAUGCAAGGAAUUCUUUUUCCGGAUUGGGGUCACUGAACUCGCGAGUGUGAUAAGUAUGUAUGUAUGUAUGUAUGUAUGUUGGUUAUCCACCA